GUCGAGGUAGUGGUGAUUUUGGUUUAUUUGGAUUGAUGACACUUACAAAGCCAACAAACCAUUGAAGUAACAAACCGUUUGACAACUGCAACAAUGUCCAUCAUUCAGCCACAGGAAUACCAGGCCGUUGACGACGUGCCGUAUCAGCGAGGCCGUCCUCUCCCAACCGUCACUCCCGUCUUCCAGAACAAGCUGCCCAACUCGCCCGGAAAGACGUCCAUCGGCCUCCUCGUCGACUUCCCGCCCAACUCAUCCACGCCUCCCCACACGCACGGCGGCGCGGCCAUCUCCGUCUUCGUCAUCAAGGGCACCGUGCUCAACAAGAUGAACGAUGGCCCGACUCGUGUGAUCCCGGCGGGCGGCACGUGGUUCGAGGCCCCCGGCUGCCACCACCGGACCAGCGACAACUUUAGCACCACGGAGCCGGCGCAGAUCCUGGCGACGAUGGUGGUUGACACAAAGACCGUUGAGGAGGGAGGAAUGGCGGCUCUUGUUGUGCUCGACCCGGAGUAUGCUGAUAUCAGACUUGGUUGAAUUGAGAUACUGCAGUGAAGGGAACCGGAAGCUCGGGAAAAGUGGUUGGUGUUGCCAAUAUCGGAACUGGUCAAGUUAGUAUGUGGCAAUGGAGAGCAGGAGAGGCUCGGGUUUCUGUUAGUAAACGGGGCAUCUCAUCAGCAAGGCAAAUGAAUAUGUAAAAAAAUCAAUAGCAACGAAUCGUUU